AUGCAAUUGAAGAAUCUCACCCCAUUCCUCGCCAUCGUGCUCUCAGUUAUAGGAGGCACCAACGCCCAAGGCCAAUCGUACAUCCUACCCUGGUACGGUGGACAAUGGUGCAACGACCAGACCAUCGUCGGUCUAGCCAUCGCCGACGCACCGACCGGGGGGUGCCGUCUCAUCCGAAGCACGACCAACGGGGCACACAACGUUCACAGUUUUGCGGCCAAUGGAGCUGGGAGGUUUAAUAUCCGCGGGGUGCGUGUUGGAAUAGGCUCCCGCAUGAGGAUCCUUGGAGGAGCUACGAGGUUGUUUGGGCGUAAAGACGUGACGGAUUCGGAAUACUUCUAUGUUUAA